GGCUUGGAUUCCUUGCCUAGAGGAGCAUUACGUGGCACAGCAAGGCUCCGCACAUCCUAGUCGCCUGCGGGGGACGCGGCGCUGCUCGCUCCGGCUAAUCACUGGCGUUGCCUGCCCUCUGCCGGCCUGCGGAUGGUUCGGUCCGGCUGGGUCACGCGCUAAGGCUCAGUGCAAGGGCCUGCGGAACGGGCUAGCACUUGCCGAGGGGCAGAACAGUGGCGACAGCCCCAGGACAGUUGCGAGCGGGUUCCGGCCCAGCAUCCGGGAGACGGCGGCGAGCGCCCCAGCUGAGUUGGUGUUGGGCCAUAGGGCUGAAUGGAAAGCGCGGAUGACAACCUCAAGUCUUUGAAUUCGAAUAGUGCAGCUCGCAUACCUGACUCUUCCGGCUGGCCUCGUACACGUUCUGCUCUGGGCGGGAUGGUGCAGCUGUGAUGUGCUAAGCGUAAGGCCUCGGCCAUUCUCCAGCACCAUGAACGCCAUAGUCGCCCUCUGCCACUUCUGCGAGCUCCAUGGCCCCCGCACGCUCUUCUGCACGGAAGUUCUACACGCUCCUCUGCCCCAGGGGGCCGGAAGUGGGGACAGUCCUGACCAGGUUGAGCAGGCUGAGGAGGAGGAGGGUGGCAUUCAGAUGAGCAGCCGGGUCCGUGCCCACAGCCCAGCCGAGGGUGCCAGCAGUGAGUCCAGCAGCCCGGGGCCCAAGAAGUCGGACAUGUGUGAGGGCUGUCGGUCACUUGCCGUAGGGCACCCAGGCUAUAUCAGUCAUGAUAAAGAGACCUCUAUUAAGUACGUCAGUCACCAGCACCCCAACCACCCGCAGCUCUUCAGCAUCGUCCGCCAGGCCUGUGUCCGGAGCCUGAGCUGUGAGGUAUGCCCUGGUCGUGAAGGCCCCAUCUUCUUUGGUGAUGAGCAGCAUGGCUUUGUGUUCAGCCACACCUUCUUCAUCAAAGACAGCCUGGCCAGAGGCUUCCAGCGCUGGUACAGCAUCAUCGCCAUCAUGAUGGAUCGGAUCUACCUCAUCAACUCCUGGCCCUUCCUGCUGGGGAGGAUCCGUGGCAUCAUCAGUGAGCUCCAGGCCAAGGCCUUCAAGGUGUUUGAGGCAGAGCAGUUUGGAUGUCCACAGCGUGCCCAGAGGAUGAACACUGCCUUCACGCCCUUCCUGCACCAGAGGAACGGCAACGCUGCCCGCUCUCUGACCUCCUUGACCAGUGAUGACAACUUGUGGGCGUGUCUGCACACUUCCUUUGCCUGGCUCCUGAAGGCAUGUGGUAGCAGGCUGACAGAAAAGCUCUUAGAGGGUGCUCCCACAGAGGACACCCUGGUCCAGAUGGAGAAGCUUGCUGACUUGGAGGAAGAAUCAGAAAGUUGGGACAAUUCUGAGGCUGAAGAGGAGGAGAAAGCCCCUGUUACACCAGAGGGUGCUGAAGGGCGAGAGCUGACCAGUUGCCCAACAGAGUCAUCCUUUCUCUCAGCCUGUGGGAGCUGGCAGCCCCCAAAGCUUACCGGCUUCAAGUCUCUUCGACACAUGAGACAGGUCUUGGGUGCUCCAUCCUUCCGUAUGUUGGCUUGGCAUGUCCUCAUGGGGAAUCAGGUGAUCUGGAAAAGCAGAGAUGUGAACCUGGUCCAUUCAGCGUUUGAAGUCCUCCGGACCAUGCUGCCUGUGGGCUGUGUCCGCAUCAUCCCUUACAGCAGCCAGUAUGAGGAGGCCUAUCGCUGCAACUUCCUGGGGCUCAGCCCUCCCGUGCCUAUCCCUGCCCAUGUUCUGGCCUCAGAAGUGUGUGAGACACACGCUGCCUGCUGCUCUGAAAGGCUCCCGGAUCUAGCCCAGGGGUGCACCCGGAUCCAAAUCACAGACUUUAGGGCAAAGCAGUACUCUGCAGUGCCAGUGAGGACGGCCUGGGCUUGCCUGGAGCCCCUGGAGCCGUGCCUUCUGAACUGUAAUAUAAGUAUUUGUGUUUUCCAGUGCUUGACUGGGCUGUGGGUCUGAGUGUUUGUCUUUGUUUUCCACAGCAAAGUGAAAGUCCUGUUUAAAUUCACCAAGGUAGACAGUCGCCCCAAGGAGGACACACAGAGGCUCCUAAGUGUCCUAGGCGCGUCAGAGGAGGACAACGUCAAACUGCUGAAGUUCUGGAUGACGGGACUGAGCAAAACCUACAAGUCCCAUCUCAUGUCCACCGUCCGAAGCCCCACAGCUACAGAGUCACGGAGCUGACUCCGAGAACGCCUUCUGGAAGGUGGUGUACAGACCAGCUCUGUGGGAAAGACUGCCCUUGGGUUUCUGACUGCUGGGGUGAGGCCCUGUUUAUGGCCUAGGCUUCACCCUCCUUGUAAGACUCUAUCAGCCCGUGUUGAAAUGUAGGGGACACAGAGACAGUGGUCCCUCUGCAUCAAACUGCCCUGUCAGGACCUGGCGAGAUGUGUUCUGGGCCCCUUGAGGACAAAGGCUGGGAACUGAGAGGACUCGAUCAGCCUGCCUCUGAGGUUUUGUUGUUGGAGCGUGUCCUCAUGGGGUUAGGGCAACGCCUUCCCACCAUGGAAGACUGCAAGCAUCGUGGAUCAUUUGUCUUUGGGUUGGUGACUUCUCAGGUCAGGAUCAUGGCCUCUGCACAUCUUGCCGGCCUGUGGAUACAUCAGAACCAUGGCUGUUUGCUUUUGUUUUUUUUUUUAAUUUUAGUUUUUGAGUCAGGGUCUUAUUCUGUAUCCUAUCCCAGUUUAGAACUCAUGGUGUGGCCUAUGCUACUUCCAGACUUGUAGCAAUCCUCCUGCCUCAGCUUCCCAAGUGCUGGGAUUACAGAACUGAGCCAUCAGAACAUUACAUUGCUUUCUUCUCUGUUGCUGCUGUAGCGUUAACCAGCCACUGUAGACUAUGACGGUGUUAAGACAGAUCGCCUCUCACCAUUGCAGUUUAAUAAGGACGUAGCUUGGAGAGAUUUCCUGAAAGCUUUCCCAAUUUGUUUUUAUAAUAUUCUUGGUGUUUGUUUAUAUUUAACAUGAAGACUGUGUAUCUCAGUCUCUGUACAGUUGCAAGAAUGUUGAAACACAAUAAAUCUGUAUUUUUGUAAA